CGUCACCACCGCCACAUUCGCAGCCAUCGCCACAGCCAUGCAUCGCCUCAGCUGAUGCCAAAUACACACGCAAUUGACACGAACAAAGCAUUUGGAUACUCUCCGGCGUCUCAAUUGACUGCAUCGCACCCCGUCGGCCCAAUUGGCCAGGCUCUCAGCCUCGUCAGAAGCACCAGCAGCAACGCAUCCAAUUCAGCGCACUCCCUACCUACUCCAGCCUCGCCAUGACAUCCACAGACGCCGCAGCCGCGCAAAGCUACGCAACGCCCCCCGUCACACAGAUCCGCCUCCUCUCACUCAACUGCUGGGGCCUCCUCUUCAUCUCCGACCUGCGCGCCCCGCGCCUCGCUGAGAUCGGCCGCCAACUGGCCCUCCUGGACCCUCCGCCAGACAUCGUCUGUCUCCAAGAAUGCUGGACGCGCGACGACUACCAGGCCAUCUGCAAGGCUGCCGCUGAUAUCCUGCCCUAUGGCAAGUUCUACAACAGCGGUGCCUUUGGCGGCGGCUUGGCACUGCUGAGCCGGUGGCCGGUGGAGACGAGCUCCAUGUUCAGGUAUCCGCUCAAUGGCCGGCCGACUGCCUUCUGGAGAGGCGACUGGUAUGUCGGAAAGGGAGUGGCAAUUGCUGGCGUGCGAUACGGCCCGGGGGAGAAUGAUGUGAUUGAAGUGUUCAACACUCAUACCCAUGCCCCUUAUGAGAGCGGUCCCAAGGAUACCUACCUCUGCCACCGCACAGCCCAAGCCUGGGAAAUCUCCAAGCUCCUCCGCGCCGCCUCCCUCUCGGGCCGCCUCGUCGUCGCCCUCGGCGACUUCAACAUGACGCCGCGCUCGCUCCCUCAUCGCAUCAUCACCGCCCGCACCCCCCUCCGAGACACAUGGCGUGUCCUUCACCCGGAGAGCUCCCUCGGAACCGCAGACGACCCCGUGGAAAAGGCCAGAGGUCUCCCUGUGCCCACUGCCGGCUACAAUAUCAAAUUCAACGGCUCGACCAGCGACGGCCUUUACAACACCUGGCGCUGGUCAAAGAGCGCCCAGAAGAAGCUCAAGACCGACCCAUGCCCUGUAGAUGCAGACAGCCCCGAUCCUCGCGGAAAGCGCCUCGACUACGUCUUCGCCACCACCGGACGCACCCAGCCCAAUGAUGCUUCAAACUCGGGCUCUCAAUCUCGCGGCUGGGUCGUCCACUCCGCGUCCGUCGAGAUGACCCAGCGCCAUCCCGAGCUCAACGUCUCCCUAUCCGACCACUUCGCCGCCUCAGCCAUCCUCAAGCUCCACGAAAUAUCGCCCUCCUCCCCCGUCCCCGAACUAGACGCCCAGCUCAUCCCCCCCGCAGAUGGCCAAGUCCUCGACACCCAACCCCUAACCGUCUCCGACUACGACGAAAUCCUCGCCAUGACGGACUGGUACAUGACCCGCGAAGUCAGCCAACGUUUUUGGCGCGCCAUCCACUUCUACGCCUCCGUGCUCGUCUGGAUCGGCUGCCUCGUUGCCGUGUGGUGGAGCCCGCGCAACUUCGUGGCCUUUAUCCUCAUGCUCGUUGCCAGCCUGGGACUCGCCACGGGGGUUGUAGACGGCUUGCUUGCUCUUCUCUUCUUCUGGUCUGAGAUUCGUGCUCUUAGGGAGUUUGAAUGGGAAAUUCGUACUGCCAAGUCAUUUCUUUCGCCAGAUCAUGGGGAGAAACCUCCAAUUGCCAAUGUAUAGAUGAGGCACACUACCUAAAAAGCAACUAAAUCCGUAAAAAAGCCAUAAUUUGUAUUGAACACUAUUUUUU